AUGGUGGUUGAUUUUCUGCAUCAGCGCGGACUGGAGCGGCUGCGCCGGCUGCUGCUGCAGCAUCGGAACGAUCUGAACGGCGUGCUGUUCGGACAGCUGAUGAAUCUGGCGAUGUACUCCUCGACGCCCCUCUUCAUCCAGGCGCCUCUCGUAGCGUUGUGCGAUCGAUCUCACGGCCAGCUCUCCGCGUUCUUCCAGGAAAUCAACGCGUACCUCGAGAUCGCGGUGGAGAACGAGGUCUAUCCUCCGGAGAACGCGGCGGACGUGCUCAGCUCGCCGACAGAACACUUGAUGCUGCGCGAUGCGAGCUUCCAGUCGCACACGCCGGAGCGGGUGAGCUCGCUGUCGGAGGACUCGCGGAUGUCGGAUUUGUCGUUCACGCCGCGCGUGGGGGGCGAUCUAGAAGAGAAGAAGAGCGUGUCUUUAUACAUCAUCCAGCACUUGUGUCUGUGGCUGGGGUUUGCGGCGGGGGCGAUUCGAUACAUGCUGAAGAAUGAAGUGACUGCGCAGUUGUUUGUCGAUUUCAAGGUGGAGAAGGUGUUGAACGAUCUCAAGACGAAGUGUGAUUCACAGGGAUGCAUUUUUAUAUCCUUUUCAUUCAUUCAUUCAUUCAUUCAUGGAUUGAUUGGUUGGUUCCUUCAUGAGUACGUGGAACAGGCUUUGAAGGAGAUCGAUGCGUAUGCAGAGCGCGGGUUAUGUGUGAAACGAAGCCCACAGGCGAGUAAAGAAAACGAGUGGUCUUCGACCAGUGAACUAGAUAGAGAAAGUGAUUUCUGAGUAUUCUGUGACUGGGUCAUUUGGUUUG